AUGAGCAGAAGCGACUGAACCGGAUCUUACACUGUACGCGUGUGCCUUUUUGUGUAGGUUAAAUUAAAGUAGCCUAACUUGUCAAUUAUACGCAAAUACAUUUUAAAUGCUGUUAAAAAAUACCGCCGAGUUCAAGUAAUGGCACUUUCACAGGUUCAGUGUCUUGAUGACAAUCACAUCAACUUGCGCACUAGCGAGUCCAAGCCGGAGUUCUUCUACAGCGAGGAGCAGAGACAGGCGCUGGAGACACUCAUACAUGAGGGACGGGACGCUUAUGAGGACUACAUCAAAACACACAACAUCCGCUGCUUUCUCUCGGACCUUGAACUUGAGAGGAUCCUCAGCACUGUGGAGGUGUAUAGCCCGGGUUCCCCUGAUCAUACCGCUGAGCUGCUGCUGGGGGACAGUGAUGGGGAGGAGAUUUCCCUUCAGUACUGGCCUGACCGCUCAGACCACUCCAUCCCACAGCUGGACAUCUGCUGGCCUGACCGGCCGUCCUACCGCGGAGUCACUCGAGCUCAAGUGUACACUCAGCCCCCUUAUGAGGGGCAGUCACAUAUUAAAGAGGUCGUUAGAAAAAUGAUCUCCCAAGCACAAAAGGUUAUUGCAAUUGUCAUGGACUUGUUCACAGACAUUGACAUCUUCAAAGAUCUCCUGGAUGCAAGCUACAAACGGAAAGUUUCUGUGUACAUUAUGUUGGAGACCACCGGAGUGAAGCACUUCCUGAGAAUGUGUGAGAAAGCAGGCAUGCACACUGGACACCUCAAGAACUUGAGAGUGCGCUGCAUCAGAGGGGCAGAAUUUUUCAGUCGAUUCUCAAAGAGAGUGUGUGGAAGCCAAAGCCAGAAGUUCAUGUUUAUUGAUGGAGACAAAGCAGUCUCAGGGUCAUAUAGUUUCACAUGGUCUGCCUCUAGACUGGACAGAAACCUCAUCACGGUUCUCACUGGCCAAGCAGUCGACACAUUUGACUCAUUGUUUCAGGACAUGUACGUGAUGUCUAAUGGAGUGUGUCUGAGCAAGAUUAAUCUGAGCAGUGAGCCUGAACCUGAGUUCCUCCCUAAAGUGGUACCCACUCUACUCCCGUCAGCCACCACAGCACUCAAGCUCAUUAACCCAAAAUACACUCUUGUCUCCAACUGCGCUUUCACUACCAACAGACCUGCAUCUGACCAGACAAGUGCCAAGAACAGCACUUCCAAGAAUCAGACGGAAGUCAUCAAACAAAUGAAAGAGACACCAGUGGUGUCACCGGUUCACCCGGGACUGCUCAACCUGGAAAAGGCGAACAUGAUCAAUUAUGUGCCGACCUGGCCCGAUCCUGACCCGCCGAGUGAUGUCAUUGGUUUCAUUAACAUAAGAGACUCCAACAAGCCACUGCAAGCUCACCUAAUGCGUUCAGAACUCUUUGAAGUGUCUCAAGCCAUCCGAUUCAAGGAUCCUUUUCAUGAGGCAAAGGAGUCUUUAUCUCUGAGGGCUUGUCCUGGACCCAUAUCCCAAACUUCCUGUUCUCCUGAAGCUCCAGCUCAGAAACAAACAUCAGGUGAAGCGCAGAAGAAUUUUGAUCAAAAUCAACAUCAAAGAAGCAGCCGCAGUGAGAAUCUUAUCUCGCCUUUGGAGCCGGAAACAGUGCAUGUGCUUGCCUGUAAUAAAGUAAAUAAAGAGGAGCUAUGUGUGAUGGGAAAAGAGCUGGACUCUAUAUCUUUGCAGAGCAAAAGCAUUAAUACAGAAAAAGACAUUCCCAAUACAAUUUCAUCUUUCGCUCAAGACGAUGCAGAUACAAAGCAAGCUCUGGAUACUCUACAACCUCCGAAAUGUCCUGCCCAAACCUCAGAGGAUCUUGACUUGAAAUCAUCAUCAUCAGCGAUGUCCAACAAAAGUCACCAUGACUCAUUUGCCCUCAUAGACACUCCUUCUGUUAAGCAAAGCCAAGAUGACCAAGUCAUAAAUGAUGUUUCCACUCAAGACCACAGCGAUACAAAUCCAGACACAAACCAAAAUGGCUGGAAAGGUACACAGACGUCUAACUUUGGCUCCAGCAUCUCUUCAUUGUCUGAUGAAUACUAUGAGUGUUUUAGCCCUGUGGCUGACUUUAGGACUGUAGGAGAUGUCUUUGUGCCUGAAAAUGCACCAGAAUCUUUGCAUAAUUCAAUCAAAAACAGUGACAAAGAGCAGGAAGUUCCUUGUUCAAAUUCAUCCCCAGCUCAAGACAGUACAGAUUUGGAUAAUAAACAGAUCUUGUUUAUUCCAAAACUUUUAAAAACAUCUUGCAGUAUUGCUUUCAAUUACUUUUCUGCAGACUUCAAAACAACAACUGCAACUUCCAAAACCACCUUUGCCCAAAAAAGAGAUGAAGGUACCAUAAUUAAUUAUAGUAAACUAUUAGACAGUGAAACCUGCUGUUUCUCACAGAUUCCUAAUGGUUGCUUCAGAUUCUCUUCAACUUCAGAGGAAUACUUUGAGUGCAGUGGUACAGUGGGCUUGCAGUCCGAGAUUGAUGGUAUUGAUCAUAAAGUGAAACCAAGCUCACUAGAGACAUUAAGCUUGAAUGAACAACUACAAGUACCGAAGCCUGCCCUGGAAAUUGAGAAACUAUCUGAGCUGAGCAGCAAGAACACAAAAGAAAAUGAUAAACCUAAAAUGCAUUUUGGACAGGAGCAGCCCGAAUUUCAACAAAUACUAGAUAAGGCAACUGACCUGGCAGUUUUAAAGUCUGAAGAUGAUACCCAAACUCGACUGGAUGAGAAAGUUCACAGACAAGUACAAGAGACUGAAGUUAUGUCAGAGCCAGUGAUAGAAAGCAAAUCGAUGAGUAACAUUUCUCAAGAACAUGAGAUAAGUGAAUCUCUGAAGGUUUUAGAGAUACAGUCAAAGGAAGCGUCUGUAGAGGUCACUGAGAAAGUUGAAAAAGCGCCAAUGCAAGACUUACAACUUGAGGUAAAUUCAGAUUUAGCCUGUGAGCAACCUGAGAAAGAGCCACUACAGGACAUACAACUUGAUGAAGAUCUGGAUUUAUUAUGUGAGGAAAAGUCUGUACUGUUAGCUGAGAAAGAUUCAAACCCACAACCGCAGGACUUAGAGUCUCAAGUAAGUCAAGAUGUAAAGUGUGAGGGACAAUCUGUAAAGUUAGCUGAGAAAACUGCAAAACCACCACUGCAGGACUUACAACCUGAGGUAAGUCUAGAUUUGAUAUGUAAGGGACAGUCAGUCCAGUUAUUUGAGACUACUGCUAAACCGCCACUACAUGACUCUCAGUCUGGGGAAAGUCCAGAUUUAAUGCUCAAACCUUCAGAAGUGAAUGCUACCCCACAGUUGGCAACAGACAAUGAAUUUAGGAGCUCAAUACAGCAAGAUAAAGCAGAUGCAAUUCCUGUAAUUCCAGAGAAGACCAAGGUAACAAAGUCCAUAGAGUUCCCUAAGAGCGAGGAACUGCAAAACCCAUUGGCUGAUUUAGAUUCUGGAUCAAAUCAUCCACUCAACCUAAAAUCCGAAGAGCAUGUGAAUGAGCAUUUAAAACUGCUGGAUGAUGAGGUCAGUCCAGCCGUGUUAAAGAGGAAAUCUGAGGAGCACAAUCUUCAAGAGAAAGUACCAGAACAGUUUGAAACCAUUGAGCUGCUGAUAUUAGAGGAUUCAGACUCCCAGAAGACAGAGCUGAACAAUUCUGAACCCAUAGGACCAAGAGCUGCACUGAGAAAAGAAACAAAAACGAGCAAAACUGAGCCUACAGAACCAAAGACUAUAAAUGAUAGAAAAUCUAAAGAGAAUAAGCUUGGUCAUGAUGUUUACAGUAGGCAUAGAAAGCAAACAUUUCACCCGACAGCUCUGAUUGAUGAGAAACCAGAAGGGGAACAUAUUUGUACAAAUCAGAUGAACAAGAACCUGCCAGAGGUGAAACCCAAGCUGGACUGUCUGGUUAGGAAGCAACCACAUCAAGCAUCAUCCAGAAUUCCUAUUCAAGCGAGAGGAGGGUUAACUAAGUUACCCAUCAGCAAAGCAGACACUAGCAGUCGUUCAUUUGGGCUUCGAGCUCCUAAAGCUGGCAUGCAUAGACACCCAUUUGGAAAACCACUGGGGCAGAAUAAGUCUAGCAUUACAUCAUCUCCAACUCCUGAAAAAUUGUCCCCAGGAGGAGUUGCUUCAGUUAGAUCAACACAAAGACCCCCAUGCACAGUCCCUGCACCAAACGGUCCCACCUCUCCCUCAAAACUGCCGCAGGUCCAGCUGAUUGCACCUAAGAUCGGGCAGUCAGACCAGCCAAACGUUUCCAGGAAACGUUCUGCAUCCUUAACAAAGCAUAGUUGCUCUUCUCCUGGAAAGUAAAGAAGCAGGCGACUAAAGGAUCUUCACCAAACAAAUAGAAUAAGGCAUCAAAUUGUUGAAUACUAAUUUCAUGAAUGCAAUGAUGUGCAAUAGAAAGCAAAGGCCACUGGGUUAUUUUAGUAUUUUUACUGAACUUUUAUUGAACCAUGUGAGUUGAUCUCACAUAAAACUAUGCUUUAUUUAUUCUAUUUAGCCAGCAGAAAGUUAAUACAGGAUUAACAUAGGAUUUUCCCAAUACAAAUAAGUUUUUCUAACUGGCGAAUU